GCGCAGUACUGUCUGUGCCAGCUCCUCUUCUUCCACCUCACUCUGGUUCUAGAUCUCGCUCUCUCUCUCUCCAUUACAACUACUCUACACGUAUACAAAGAGACAAGCACACAUUAUACAUACAUAAUAAACACAACAUAUAGAAUAGUGUAUAGAAAUGUCUUCGGACGACGAAGGUGGAGGAGGAGAGGAGUACCUGUUCAAGGUGGUGAUAAUUGGCGACUCAGCGGUGGGCAAAUCGAAUUUGCUCUCUCGCUAUGCUCGCAACGAGUUCAACUCCCACUCCAAGGCCACCAUUGGUGUCGAAUUCCAGACUCAGGGCUUGGAAAUCGAGGGCAAACAAGUCAAGGCCCAGAUUUGGGACACCGCAGGCCAAGAGCGCUUCCGCGCCGUCACCUCCGCCUACUACCGCGGCGCCGUCGGUGCCCUAAUCGUCUAUGACAUCACCCGCCGCACCACCUUCGACAGCAUUGCCCGCUGGCUUGAUGAACUCAAUACUCAUUCUGAUACAACCGUGGCAAGGAUACUGGUGGGAAACAAAUGUGAUUUGGAGAAUAUCAGAACUGUGAGUGUCGAGGAAGGCAAGAGCCUUGCAGAAGCAGAAGGGUUGUUCUUCAUGGAGACAUCAGCCCUGGAUUCGACGAACGUUAUAACGGCUUUUGAGAUGGUUAUUCGAGAGAUCUACAACAAUGUCAGCAG